AUGCUGAUGAGCCAGGUACACGCAAGCGAGAGAGGCGCCGCCGAGGCGCGGCUCGGGUCCGCUUUGCCGACGGGCGACGCAUGGUGCCUGAGCAGCUUGGUGAAGCAUUGCGUCGUCGGGCGUUGGGGAAGAUGGGCGCGAAAUGGUAGCGGCGGAGCCAAGGCCGCUCCCGUGUGGAGCACAGCUUGGCCACCAUCAUGGCCGAAUGGGGUGGCAGCGCUAUGCGGGUUGGCCCUGCUUGGGAGCCUCGUUGCGGCCCAGAAGCCGAUAGGCACCGAGGUCCACCCCAAGAUCACCACCUUUCGCUGCACGCUCGCCGGCGGCUGCGAGGAGAAGACCAACUACAUCGUCCUGGACUCCCUCGCCCACCCCGUCUACCAGCAGGCCAACGGCCACCACUGCGGCUCGUGGGGCGAGCGGGCCAACGCGACGGCGUGCCCGACCAAGGAGGCGUGCGCCGGGAACUGCGUCAUGGAGGGCCUCGAGGACUACGGCGUCGUCGGGGUGUCCACCAGCGGCACCAGCCUGCGACUGCAGCAACUCCGCGACGGCGAGCUCGUCGCCCCGCGCGUCUACCUGCUCGACUCGACGGAGCACAAGUACGAGAUGCUCGAGCUGACGGGCAACGAGUUCACCUUUGACGUCACCAUGGACAAGCUGCCGUGCGGCAUGAACAGCGCCCUUUACCUGUCCGAGAUGCUGGCCGACGGAGGCAAGAGCGGGCUGAACAAGGGCCGCGCCUACUGGGGCACUGGGUACUGCGACGCCCAGUGCUACACCACCCCUUUUAUCAACGGAGAGGCCACUGCGCUUGGAACCCCUACCGGAUCGACCAGCCGUCCGUCCUACUACGGCAACAACGACACCUUCAAGGUCGACACCAGCAAGCCCAUGACGGUGGUGACGCAGUUCCCCGCCGACGCGGCCGGCAAGCUGGUCGAGAUCCGGCGCCUGUACGUGCAGGACAAGGUGGUGAUCCGGGCCGACGCCGUCCGGGUCGAGGGCCCGCCGGCCGUGGACGCCAUGAACGACCAGUUCUGCGCCCUCACGGGCAGCCGGCGCUUCAUGGACCUGGGCGCGCACGAGGGGAUGGGGCGACCCGCUGACGCGCGGCAUGGUGCUCGCCAUGAGCAUCUGGGCGCGGGCCCUUGCAACGCCACCGAAGGCGCGCCCAGCAGCAUCCGCCUCGUCGAGCCGAACCCCGAGGUCACCUUUAGCAACAUUAAGUGGGGCGAGAUCGGGUCGACGUUCAAGGGCCGCGGUCACUGCCCGCGGCGGAGGGGCCUGCUGGCGUGA